AUGGUACUACAAUUGCAUGUAUGGGGCCCGGCCUUUUCCCUGCCAUCAAUUGACGCGCAAUGUCUCGCCACUAUCGCAUACUGCUCGGAGGUCCUGCCCAAGGAUUCGUGGGAGCUGAUUGCGAGCAGCGAUCCCUCCGUGUCCCCAACCGGUGAGCUUCCCGCUCUGCAGAAUGGGUCAAUCUGGGUGAGCCGAUUCCGCAAUAUCGUGGACUACCUCCGCCAAUACUCCGAGGGAGCAUGGAACCUGGAUGAGAACCUAGGCGAAGUCGAACAGGCCGACAGCAUUGCCUUCUCCUCCUUCAUCGAAUCCCGCGGCCAACCCCUCCUCGACCUAUCCCUCUACGUCACAAGCCAAAACUACUACAACAACACAAGCCCAGCGUACGGCACCCUCCUUCAAUGGCCCAACCAAUGGAUCCUCCCACCAAAGCUCCACGGCGCCGCCAAAACCCGCACAGAAUACCUCGGCCUCUCCUCCCUAGACCUAGCCGCCAUGGAAGAACAACGCAAACGUGACCACUCAGCCGCAGUAGCAGCCGGCCAGAUCCCCAAAACGCUCAUCCAGACCCCGCGCGAAACAGUCUCCAAACUCCUCGGCCGAACAGCCCAACACAACCAAUUCCGCCUGGAAGCCCUGACAGCCGAAUUCUUCGAACCCCUCGAAGCAAUGCUCGCCCGCAAAUCCUGCCUGCUCCCCACCCCGGCCGGAUCCCCCUCCAGCCUGGACUGCGUCGCGCUGGGAUACCUUGCGCUCGCGCUGAUUCCCGAGCUGAAUUUCCCCUGGUUGCGUGAUGCCAUGCGCGCCAAGGCCCCGCUGAUCACGGCUUACACGGAGCGGAUGCGCAGUCGCUGUUUCGGCGAUGUGGAUGUUAAGAUUGAGCAUGCUUUGCAGCCGGCCCGGGGUGCGGAGGCUGAGUUUGCGAAAUUGCCUUGGGCGGCCCCGGCUCGUGUCUCCGUUGCUGCCGUUGGCACUACGCUGCUUGCGACUCUGGCUGAUAAUACGCCGUUCUUGAGCGAGAUUCGUCAGAACAGACGGUUGAAGCAGGUUGUGCAGGCUGAUGGGGAUUUCUCGCCCGUGCAGAAGAGCUUGCUGGCUCAGUAUGCUGAUUCCAGUAAUCGGGAUAUGCUUGUUUCGGUUGUUGCUGCUGUUGCGGGUGGCGCUGCGCUGGUUGGGUAUAUGGUCAGUGUGGGCUUGCUUUCUUUCUCUGGUGGUCAUGCCGAGGAAGAGGAGGAAGAGGAUGUUGAGUUCCAGCCUGAGGUUAUGCACGUUGAUCCUGGGUCUGCGGCUGACUUCUUGGGCGCGUUGUAA